AGAUCAACAAGUAAUUGUGCAUUGAUAUAAAUAUCCACAAGAGCCAGCAGAAAAAUUAUGACGUCCUUGAUGUACAGCAGCGCAUCCGAGCCGUCCAACGAUGCUGCGACAUCAGAACGAGUGGGACUAGUCGGCGGAUGGUGGUGGCCAUCAUUCAACAGCCUCGGAUCGCUCUUUUCCUUAUCAGCGUGCUCUGAGGUGCCGCAUUCUAGUUGUUCCGAUGUGGUGCGAAAGAACUGCGCAUCGUCUAACUCAGCCUGUAGACCCGUGCAUCGCAAUAGCCGGAUAGAUCUCUCUGACUGGUCACCAGAACUAGCUAGAGAUGAAAACGAUAGAAACAUCUUCAAUCAUCAUGGUGCGGGUUAUCUGGAACAAGAUGUAGGUGAUACUUCCUACCUUGGAGGCACUCUGAUGUACGACAGUUUCUCGUCGUUCUCUACUCCUAAGUUCACGCAUAGGCAGACUCUCGACAGCUACACUAUCCAAGUAGCUGACGCUGCGAACAACAUUGUCAUGCCUUUGCCGCCUGCCUUGGCGCAAAGAGGGCAUCAGCAUCUGCGAUUUGAGGAUAGCAUGGACCUCACACUUCAUUCUUUAGACGGAGAACUUGGAGACUUUGCCCGCGAAGUGAAUCAGAUGAAGAGAACAGUGUGUCGCUCAGUGUCAAUAGAUUGGAUCUCGAGAGUCGCGCUUUCCCAAGAUAUUCUCAAUAGUUUGGAUGCAGAUGUGAUGCGGGAGAAAGUUGCGGCGGGGUCGACACUCUUAGACACCUACAAGUCCUUUCUGCGAGACGCAAGUCGUGGGAUCUUUCUACAACAAAUUGAACGACGUCCGGGGGGAGCUGCACAAAUGAUGAGGAGGCGGCAAGUAUUCGACAGCUAUAGUUUUUUUCUAGAAGUUUGCACACUUAUGGUGGGGGGCUGCUCUCCUUGCUUCUGACAAAUUCCCCCUGCGGCGGGUUGCGGUUAUGUAUAACACCACAGGCGGCUCGGCCUCGCUGGUGUUAGUUGGUUUUCUUCGUCUUUUCCAGCUUGUCAUACUCAUGGCGGGCAGAGUCGCGGAGGCCGCAUAGGUGUAGUGGUUGCGUUUUACAUUUUCAUUCAAAACUAUCGAUCCAAACGAUUUCAGGUCCAUUUUCAGCUAGUCGACUAUCUGCCCGAUCCCAGCGUGACCGCACUGAGCAGCUUGCACAUCGAAAAUUUCACGCGAAUUGCUUCUGGCACCGUGAUCAAAGUAGAUUCGCUAGAUGGUCGCGUCUUCGAGAUUCCUCUUUCUGCUGUCAACGGCGUCUAUAGCACUACAAAACCUAUGGAUCAUGUGGGUAUUAAUGGCAACGAGCAUGCUGGUUCUUCUAGUACUUCUUCACCUCAUUUAUGGCCAUCUAAGAGCUCUUCUUGUGCUGUUUUUCGUGAUGUUGUUCUAGUCACCCUUAGGGGUUCCCGACGCGGUCGCAGAGGCAGGAGAUUGGCCUUUGAAUUUUCGUCGAACAAAGAAAGUCGGAAAUUUGAAUUAGGAUUGCAAGUGGCAUGUGCUAGUAUCUGGGGCCGCGGAGGAAGAGAAGCGGAUAACAAAACGUCUUCUGCUUCUUCUACUGCUUGUGCCGCUCCUGGACCUUCUACUUCUAGUAGUACAAGAACUAGAACUAGUACAAGAACUACACCUAGUCCAUCCAAGCAACGAGAUGGUGGAGUCGGUUCACGUGACAAAAAGCUGGGAGACACUGAUCAUGAAAAGCAAAAGUCUUCGAACAACGUACAACAACUUCUGAACAGCAUGGCCUCUGUCAAUGAUGAAGAUGAGCCUGCGAUUCCGCUGAAAGUGCAACUUGUAGCUCAACAUCGACAAAGGCAUUCCCAACAAAUUGCUGCUCCAUCCAACAAAUUGCUACCAAAUAGCCGUGUAGACGAAGUAGGCUACGGCGGAAGUGGCAAUCGUGUUGUUGAUAACAGGGAUGACUAUGACAACAAUUUCAUCAUUCACGAUGAGGAAAUACGAAUGAUGCGGGGUGGAAGCGCUUCCUCACAACUGGAAGGACGAGAUACAGCGAGUGGGAGCAGAAGCAGAAAACUGGCAUCACUGGGCUCACUAGCAAGGAAGAAGCAGUCUUCCGUUGCCAUUUCCAAGAAACUAGAUGAUAAAGUGCCAUCUUGUUCGAGAUGAUGACGAUGAAAACAGAAAACUAUAGUACAUGAGUCAGCUUCCUUCAACAUAUUUUGAAGCAGCGAUGAAAACAAUAUAAGCUAUACAUGAGUCAGCUUCCUUCAACAUAUUUUGAAACAGCGAUGAAAACAGAAAACUACUAUACAUGAUUCAGUUUCGGUUUCCUUCAACCACAUGUGAAUGAAAUACGUUGCACAGAAUUGAAAAGACUGACUAUGAUUUUACGCAGGAAAUCGAGAUAGAUAACGAGGCUUUUUUUCGAUUUUGCUUAUGGAUAUUGUGAACUGCAUAGACAGGGAUUGACAGGACCACGACAGCGCCGGCGCUUAGUUAGUAGUAGAUAAGUACUUACGCUUACCUGACUUUUCUUUUUUCGGUUUCUAUUUGUUCUAGUUAGGUCUGCUCCACCAACGAUAUUGUGAACUACAUAGACAUCUAUUUCACAUUGAUAAACCGAAUCCUACUGCCAACUUGAAAUUGCAACUUUUGAAGAACUUAUUCUUGAUUUUGCCGAGGCUCAAAUCACCUCCUAUUUUUUUGCACAGUUAAGACCAUCUUUUGCGCACAGUUUUUUGCGAUUCCGAAAAUUGACUUAAUAU